CAUUGUAACUCCCUUUAGAGGCCGCACCCAUCACUUCUUAUCAGAAAUACUCUCAACUCAAAAUUCUGGAGAAGGGGCUUAAGGGGAGAAGUAAAGGAGAUAUUGACUGGAAUAUACAAAAAAAAAUGGCUGGCUCUAACAUAAAAGCUGUGGUUCUCAUAACUGGUGAUAACAAUAUCAAAGGAUCACUUCAAUUCAUUCAAGAUUCCAAAGGUGUUACCCAUAUAAAUGGGAAGAUUACAGGAUUGACUCCAGGUCGUCAUGGUUUCCAUAUUCACGCUCUUGGGGAUACCACCAACGGCUGCAAUUCCACUGGACCUCAUUUCAAUCCACUAAAGAAGAAUCAUGGUGCUCCAACUGAUAAAGAGAGACACGCGGGUGACCUAGGAAACAUAGUUGCUGGCCCUAAUGGAGUUGCUGAGGUUUCUAUUAAAGAUACUCAGAUUCCACUUAGCGGGGUGCAUUCAAUUCUUGGCAGGGCAGUUGUUGUGCAUGCUGAUAUCGACGAUCUCGGCAGAGGUGGACACGAACUUAGCAAGACUACUGGGAAUGCCGGUGCAAGAAUUGGAUGUGGUAUCAUCGGGCUCCAGUCAUCUGUUUAACUGUGGCUUGCAAUUUGCAUUGAACAAGUCAUAGUUGCUUCCUGUCAGAAAAAGGAAUGAUACACCAGCAUGAAAUGUGUAAAAACAGCUCAAUUGUCAUAACACUUGUUAGUUCAGUUCGCAACAGUGCUACCUCAGUUCACUGUACCAAGUACUAAUGUAUGCAAACUAUGGUUUUUUGGUUCUAUCUUGUUCAGUUACUUCAGUACCUAAGCAAGCCAAAUGAUAAAACCAUAUGAGUUUAGACACUGCAUGUCUUGUCAAAAUGUUUGAAAUCUGAGCUUGUGAUUUGUUACUGAGAAUUUAAGCAGGGCGUGCUGUGAUGAGAUGUACAAACUGACUUUUUAAGUUCAAAUUCUCUUCACAUCAUGUAUUUUAAUCUUCAGUUUGAUAAACAAAAUACCUUAUUCCUUUGGAAGUGAAUCUUAAGUUGUUGAAA